AUGUAUAACAGAUAUACGUCUCAAAUGGGCGAUGAGCUUGAUGCUAACUGCGCGCCUCCCUUUCCACAAACAUCCCUAUUCGGAUCUAGCAAGGAUCUGGGCGCAUUGAUACCUCGAGAUAUAAAUCGCGCUGCCGUGUCCACCUUCGAUGGAUCCCCCACUCCCAUAUUCACCAGUGAUACUCUCGAUACAUACAAACUUCUUGUCUCCAUGCUGCCCCGUCGUCCUCCAAAAUACCUCUCCUCUGACCGCCACAGAUAUGACGAAGAAGAUACACUCUCCACCGCGCCUACGCUGGUCGACGAUACCGAGACUAUUCGAACACUCAUGGCUGAUCAGCCAUUUGUCUUGCAUGAGGAUCCCUCAGACCCACACGAUACGGUGGUGAUUCGAUCCGCACCAUUUCGUAAAUUCCUCGAAGAGAAUGGAAAUCGUAUGGGAUUUGUUGCCAGCGUUCCGUGGCUAGUCACAGUUCUAGCAAAUCACAAUCCACAGGAAUAA